AAACAACUGUUUUUUCCAAAUUCAAAAUUAAAAGUUGCCUUAUACAACCCUCAUGCCGGCUUCUGUGGAUCACGUGGUGCACCAUGUACUGGCCCCAAUGGCAAUUGAUGCCCUCGAUUGCAUAGUACCAGUCGUCCGGAAACUGGUGAUCAUCCUGCAUGAAUCCUUUGUGGUUGAUCACCAGGAACUGGAGCCCGUGAUCGAUGUAUCCGGCGUGAUUCAACCCGUACAUAAAAUAGUUUUAAUAGUAAAUGAUCCAACGCCGCAAUAUGUAACUGAUCAGGAGACGGUGGUCAAUUCGGAAGAAAUUAGGGGCUUAUUGAGAGAAAUAUCAAGGGGCAUUCGUAAUCUGGCUCUUUCGACCUACAACACCAUCUCGGCUCUAUCCGAAUAG